AUGCGUUUUACACCACCGCUUGUCCUGGAGAGUCUCCGGCUGUUCUUUGCACUUACAGCGCUUGUGCUGGCCGUAUCUUCGCUUUUUUUCCCCGUAUUUAUUUGUGAUGUUUGCGAAAAUGAGACCGACACCAGCAAUGUUUCCGUGAAGGGCGAGAUAACGUUUUGGAAACAUUCCCUUUGGCCGAGUGAAAGUGUCAAGAAUGAGUCAAACAAAUUGGAUCUUGUGGAGUACUUUAAUUGCCACAAGGGCAAGGUGCGCAUUCAGAUGGUGGAGGGUAUUGCCAUCAUUGUGUGCGUUUUGACUGGUGCAAACUUCUCAAUGUGCAUUUUUGGGCUUUUCUUCGGCCAUAUUUUGUUCAUUGGGCUGAUUGUGUACUUAUUUCUGGCUAUUGGGCUGUCUGCGUGUGUGAUUGGAUUUUUGCUGGAGUGGUACCACCUGGGCUGGUGUGAGGGCCAACCUCCACUUGUGGAGGAGGGUCGAAUGAGUUGGAAGUACGGCAUUGGAUGGAUACUAAUGGUCGGCGUCUGUGCCGCCUCACUUGUGGGCCUCCUCUUGUCCAUUUGUUUCUCCCUAUUCCGGCGAAAAGGUGGGUAA